UGUCAUUGUAGUCCAAAAUGUCAAUACUAUUGACUGGUAAAACUUCAACUUUCUAUAAAAAAGUUACAAAUAACUAUGUACUAUGUUAAAUUUAAAUACUACUUAAUAAAAUUUUUAAAUUUACUUAUUACUUACUUGAAAACUACUGCGGGCUAAUUCCACCAACUUUUCACACCUGAAUUUGGAGUUUUAACUGCCUGGAAAAAGUAAUAACUGCUUGAAAACACAGAAAAAGUACUUGGAGACAAAUAAAUUCCAGAUUUAAAAACUAGUUUGGAAAUUAGGUAAUAACUAUGCACUACAAUACAUCAUGGAGGAAGAACCAGACCUCCCUCCAUCUAAAUUCCACUACAAACUCAGAUCAUCCCUAAAAAGAUCCUCGGUGAAUCCCAUUGAAAACUUGGAUGUUAGUAAUGAAGGCCAAAAUGCCACAUUAGCACCCCGAAGGGUCAGUUUUGCAGCUAGUGCUGCCAUCAAACCGUUUGUUCAUGAUCCAGAAAAAAACACCAUCUGGGAUCACUCUUAUGAAACAUCCAUUGCUCAUACAGACUCUAAUGUGGCUUCUUUGGAAGUAAUUAGCAAUGUUCAGGAGUCCAAUGUGAUUGAGAGUAUUAUAGAUAGAGAAAAUAUUUAUGUUAAAAAUACUAGUAGUACACUACAGAGGGCUAAGAAAAGGCCUUUAAAACCUAUAGAACUGAGCAACAUAACUGUACUACAACCUUGCGAAAUGGAAAUAACUUGUCACGAUAAUCAGCAAGAAAUAUUAAUGAUGCAGCAUAAUAACACAAUUUAUCAAGACUUUGAAAUGAGUAUGACUUGCAAUUUUACAAAUCAUAUAUUCUCUAAGGCAGACUAUACUCAAAGAAAUCAACCGGCUAAUGUUACUCGCUUAAGUGGUUCUGCUAUGGAUCUGACUUGUCCUGUUCCAGCUGCACUUAUACCUAGAGUGGAAGAAAAUUUAAGCGGCGAUAGUACUAUGGAAGUGACUUGUAAUUUUUCCCCAAAGAUAGUUGUUAACACGGCUGCAAAUAAAGUACCAAUAUUACCCAAAGUAUCAAACAUCAUUGAGAAGCCUAAAUCAGUAAUGAGUGAUGAGGUUAUAGAUUCAAAUUUCCCCAUUUUAAGUAUGGAAAUGAUUUGUGAGUCACCACAAAACAUAUCAGUUAAUGAUUGUCCCCAAAAGAAUAUUAAAACAGCCACUUCUCAUCCAACCCAAGAUAUUACUGAGCAACAGAAAUCAGUUGAAAUUAAACCAAGCAAAGCCACAAAUAAAAUAUUUAUUGAUGAAGAUACAAGUGGAGAGAAAAAUAUCCCAGUGCCAAAAUCUUCCAAAGCUCAGAAACCAAUUUUAAAAAGAACUCUUAAUAAUAGUUAUGAUAUCCGAUCUAAUUCUGAAAGCAUUUCUCAGCAGGAUGAGAAUUGCCCUCCAAAAGCACCAAUUAUAGAAGAUAUGGAAGUAAGUUUUGCAAUUCCUGAACAGUGCAAUGAAACUAUGGAGCUGUCCAAAAUUGUUGCUUUCCAAGAUGUAAGGAAAAGUGCCUUAAUUGAAAAAACUUGGACAUUUGAAGACAAGGUUCUAAAAUCCUUCCAGGAAGGGAUCAAGGAUAGUAAUCUUAAAGUAGAACAUUUUGGGCAUAUACCAAUAGCCGUAGAUAGCCUACUAGAAGUUACUCUUCCUAAUGUAACGAAACCAAUUAGUCCCUGUGGAUACAACACAACAUUAGCAUCGAGCCUCCAAGAAAAAACGUUCGAUUUAAUUCAAACCGGCCAGAAACUGACCCAACAAGAAGAUUCAAUUUGCAAUAUGAAAGAAUUAUUAGUAGAGGACAUUGAAACACAAGACUGUGACUUUACUCUCUUACCAAACAUUUCUCUGGACAAAAUGCGGUCACCUCCGCAAAUAACAUUUUGCCAAUCUAGAGAGCAAACGCAAUCCAGUAUGACUUUUUUCCAGUAUUCUAAGCAACAACUUGAAGAAUCUUCUUUGUCUCGAAGUGUAGUCUUGCCAACGAUAGAGGAAUUGCUUAGUGACGCUUUUGAAAACCCUCCACCACCUCCAGACAAAAUAAACCUGGAAUCAUUUAAAACUCUUGUGCAAACUGCCACAGAUUCUUUGAAAACGUUAGUUUCCAAAUUGGAAUUAGUACAAAUGGAGCAGAGCUUUGAUCCAGAGGCUUUUAAAUUACCAGAAGAAAUAUCUGAUUUAACUAUGAGAUUAUCAAUGAAUCUUACUCAAAUGAGUCCAGAUAGUAGUGCAGAAAAAUUUGAUGAUAGCACUGUGGAAAGUCCUGAUAGCAGUAACUUACAUAGGCAAAUUUUAAAGGAAUUUUCGAUCAAAGAUAAGGAUAUAAUUGAUUUAAGGCGUUCGGAGCAAAAUAUUUACAUAUUUUCACUGCUGUAUGGUAGUUUGCUUUGUACGGCAGAGCUCCACCCCGAGGAUGGAUUUGUGAUGGAUUUUAGAAAACUUUCAUUAUUAACAGGAGAGCAAGACUACUUUUACGAGGUGAGCACGUUAGUUGUCGGUUGUCUGAUGCAAAAACUCGAAAUGAGCAGCUUGAGGUCGCACCUUGGAAAGCAUUUUAAUAUGUUCACUUUGUUGGACUUUUUGUACAUUCAUACUGAGAAAAGCAUUAAGUUUUAUAAGGAAUUAAUGGAUAUCCAAAGGAAAUACACCACUUUCAGGAUACAUAUUAGGAAUGAUGAAACAGUGCUGUCUUUUAACGUUUUGGUUGAAACUCCGGCAGUACACUGGAUUGUGGAGUUUAAAAUGGCCUCAGAAGAGGCUUUGCAAGAGGGUUCACUUGUAGUUGUGUCUAAAUAUGGUGAAAUAAACGAGGAGCACUUACAGUCCAUUUUUAGAAACACAGAACCCGGAUCUAUGUGCAUUAUGAGGUUUAUUGACUCAGUUGUGGAGUAUUUUAAGAGAAUGGUUUUACCAAAAGCAGUCAGUAAGUUAAAAGAUAUUAUGGAGAGCUAUGUAAGAUUAGAACUUAUAGAUGAAAGAAAAAGAUCUUCCACUGGGGAAUCUACAGAUGUAGCCAUAAAGAAAAUUAAACUUAAUAGUUCUUGCUGAGUGUUAGUUUAAAUAAACCCUUGCAGGAGAACCAAAUAGUACAUAUACUAUAGUUAAUUUUAUAUGGACUUUAUAUAUCACUUAUAUAUGUACCUACAUCAUUUCUGUGGCAAGUUCCCCAGUAUUAUUUGAUAUUGUAUGAAAGCAGAAAAAAGAAUAAUCAUUAAUGAUUGUUCAGAGUGGGCCCUCAUCUAUGUUUUUAU